GGCUGUUCUGAUUGGCCAGCGCGUUGAGGGCGGGCACUCCCCGGCGGCUCGCGGGGGCGAUUGGCCAAACGGCAGUUCGAGGAGCGUCUGGAUUGGCCGUCAGGGUUCUGGCAGGUUCCAGAAGCGGCGGCGGCGGGUAUAAAAGGGGCGGCGGCGGCGCGAGCUGGGCAUAUCGCGCCGCGGCGGCAGCUGGAGCGGGCGGGGUGGACACGGGCGAACAGCAGCGCAAACAGCCGACACCAUGUCUGCCAAGGGGCCGGCGAUCGGCAUCGACCUGGGCACCACGUACUCUUGCGUGGGUGUCUUCCAGCACGGCAAGGUGGAGAUCAUCGCCAACGAUCAGGGUAACCGCACCACACCCAGCUAUGUGGCGUUCACCGAUACGGAGCGGCUCAUCGGGGAUGCUGCCAAGAACCAGGUAGCAAUGAACCCCACCAAUACCAUCUUUGAUGCCAAGCGCCUCAUCGGCCGCAAGUAUGAUGACCCCACGGUGCAGUCGGACAUGAAGCAUUGGCCUUUCCGUGUGGUGAAUGAGGGAGGCAAGCCCAAGGUGCAGGUGGAGUACAAGGGGGAGAUGAAGACCUUCUUCCCAGAGGAGAUCAGCUCCAUGGUGCUCACCAAGAUGAAGGAGAUUGCUGAGGCCUAUCUGGGGUGCAAGGUGCAGAAUGCUGUCAUCACAGUGCCGGCAUACUUCAAUGACUCCCAGCGCCAGGCCACCAAGGACGCCGGCACCAUCACAGGCCUCAAUGUGAUGCGUAUCAUCAAUGAGCCCACUGCAGCUGCUAUCGCUUAUGGCCUGGACAAGAAGGGAACCCGGGCUGGAGAGAAGAACGUGCUUAUCUUUGACCUGGGAGGGGGCACUUUUGAUGUCUCCAUCCUUACCAUUGAGGAUGGGAUUUUUGAGGUAAAGUCCACUGCUGGCGAUACCCAUUUGGGUGGGGAGGACUUUGACAACCGUAUGGUGAACCACUUUGUGGAAGAAUUCAAGCGCAAGCACAAGCGUGACAUUGCUGGUAACAAGCGAGCAGUGAGGCGGCUGCGCACGGCUUGUGAGAGGGCAAAGCGCACCCUCAGCUCCUCCACACAGGCCAGCAUUGAGAUUGACUCUCUGUUUGAGGGCAUUGACUUCUACACCUCCAUUACUCGUGCCCGUUUUGAGGAGCUCAAUGCUGACCUUUUCCGUGGCACCUUGGAGCCGGUGGAGAAGGCUCUGCGUGAUGCCAAGCUUGACAAGGGCCAGAUUCAGGAGAUCGUGCUGGUGGGUGGCUCUACCCGGAUCCCCAAGAUCCAGAAGCUGCUGCAGGAUUUCUUCAAUGGCAAAGAGCUCAACAAGAGCAUCAACCCCGAUGAGGCUGUGGCUUACGGUGCUGCUGUACAAGCAGCUAUCCUCAUGGGAGACAAGUCUGAGAACGUGCAGGAUCUCCUGCUGUUGGAUGUCACCCCUCUGUCCCUGGGCAUCGAGACAGCUGGAGGAGUGAUGACUGCUCUCAUCAAGCGCAACACCACCAUCCCCACCAAACAAACUCAGACCUUCACCACCUACUCAGACAACCAGAACAGUGUCCUGGUCCAGGUGUACGAAGGUGAGAGGGCUAUGACAAGGGAUAACAACUUGCUGGGCAAGUUUGACCUAACAGGCAUCCCCCCAGCACCCAGGGGAGUCCCCCAGAUCGAGGUCACUUUUGACAUCGAUGCCAAUGGUAUCCUGAACGUCAGCGCCGUGGACAAGAGCACGGGUAAGGAGAACAAGAUCACCAUUACCAAUGACAAGGGGCGCCUCAGCAAGGACGACAUUGACCGUAUGGUGCAAGAAGCAGAGAAGUACAAAGCAGAGGAUGAAGCUAACCGGGAUCGGGUGGCAGCUAAGAACUCCCUCGAGUCCUACACUUACAACAUGAAGCAGACAGUGGAGGAUGAUAAACUGAAGGGAAAGAUCAGUGACCAGGACAAGCAGAAAGUGCUCGACAAGUGCAAGGAGGUGGUGUCUUGGCUCGACCGCAACCAGAUGGCUGAGAAGGAAGAGUACGAGCACAAGCAGAAAGAGCUGGAGAAACUCUGCAACCCAAUUGUCACAAAAUUGUACCGGGGAGAUGGAGGGGCUGGGGCAGGUGGCUCUGGCGGCCCCACCAUUGAAGAAGUCGAUUAAAGAGGACUGAAGUAUAGACUGGUUUAUGGACAGUCACUCCAUUCUUUGCUUUGUUUUUUUUUUCUAACGUUUAAGGAAAACAUCCUUGCCGAUAACAGAGUUUAUUCUGUUGGGUGUGUAUAAAGGCAGAUCUGUCAGCUUGGUUUUGAUAAGAGGGAAGGCACGUCCUCCUUUAUAAGGUUAGUAAUAGACAAAUGUUGUUAAUUCAGAUACAGCUGUUUGUAUUCUGGAUGUUUGUCUCUGUCUCUUCUAAAGUAACCACUUGACUGUUGCAGUUGACAAGUUUCAAGUUAUGCAUGAAAAACUUUACAGAAGAUAAAAAAAAAAAUUUGCCAAAUUUGGCUUCUGGAAAUUUUGGUAAUAAAUAAAAUGUUUUAAAAGCAUAAA